AUGAGCAGCGCCGAGGAAGACUACAACUUCGUCUUCAAGGUGGUCCUGAUCGGGGAGUCCGGGGUGGGCAAAACCAACCUGCUGUCCCGCUUCACCCGCAACGAGUUCAACCACGACAGCCGCACCACCAUCGGCGUGGAGUUCUCCACCCGCACCAUCGUGGUGGGCGAUGCCAUGGUGAAGGCGCAGAUCUGGGACACGGCCGGGCUGGAGCGGUACCGCGCCAUCACCUCCGCGUAUUAUCGGGGCGCCGUGGGUGCCCUGGUCGUCUUCGACAUCACCAAGCACCAGACGUACGACGUGGUGGACCGCUGGCUGAAGGAGCUGUACGACCACGCCGAGCCCAGCAUCGUGGUGAUGCUGGUGGGGAACAAAACCGACCUGGCGCAGGCUCGGGAGGUGCCCAUGGAGGAGGCGAAAAUGUUCGCAGAGAACAACGGGCUGCUGUUCGUUGAGACCUCGGCGCUGGACUCCACCAACGUCGAGCAGGCUUUCGAGACCAUCCUGAAGGAGAUCUUCCACAAGGUGCAGAAGCAGAAGCAGAGGAGCAGCCAAAGCAGCACGGUGUCGCUCGGCAGCGAGAGCCCGGAGAGCUCGGCCCCGGCGCAGGCGGAGAAGCGCCCGUGCUGCGUGGCCAUCUGA